AUGCAGAUCGCAUAUGCCAAUGGCAUCGGAUUCGAAACCGCGUCCCUGGGCGAGCUGACCCAGGCCCUCAAAGUGGCCAAGCCCAGCCACAUAGUCUUUGACUCGCCAGUCAAAACUCGCAAAGAGAUCCGAUUGGCCAUGGCCAGUGGAGUGCACCUCAAUGUCGACAACCUGACGGAACUAGAGCGAGUGUCAGAAGCCGUGCAAAGCCCAGGGGGAAACAAGCCAAGAGAAACGGACACUAAUUCCGGCGGAGCGUUACACACACAGUAUAUUGGCGUACGCAUCAACCCACAGGUUGGCGCGGGCUCUAUAGCCACACACAGCACAUCUACAAGUACAUCCAAGUUCGGCGUGCCCCUGCUAGACAUGCGUGAUGACCUCAUAGCAGCUUAUAGAACACACACAUGGUUGAAUGCCAUACACGUGCAUGUGGGCUCUCAGGGCGUUGCAGGACAUUUGGCCGUAGCCGGCAUCAAGGCGGUGGUGGAUUUUGCCAUAGUUAUCAACAGGCAGACAAAUGGACAGAUUAAAUGCGUGGACAUUGGAGGAGGCCUAUCCGUGAACUUCGGAAGCGACGCAAUAACACCGACCUUUCAGGAUUACGCGGAUCUGCUGAGGCAAGAGAUUCCUCAGUUGUUCGACGACACCUUCUCGCGCGUGCUGACUGAGUUUGGGCGCAGUCUGACUGCGAAAGCCGGGUGGUUUGGCAGUCGCAUUGAGUAUACGAAGAACAGUGGGGGACGGCACAUAGCCGCGCAACACUGUGGGGCGGAUCUGUGUAUUCGAACGAUCUACCACCCAGAGAUCUGGACUCUACGAGUAUCGGUGCUGGAUUCCGAAGGCUUUCCCGUGGAUGAGUCACAGCCUAACAGGACAUCCGUAUGCACAGACGUCGCUGGUCCGUGUUGUAUUGCGGGGGAUAUCAUUGCCCACGAACGGCAGCUGCCACAGCUACACGCAGGCGAUUUUGUUGUGGUGCAUGAUGUGGGUGGCUACUACAUGGCGUCGUACUCAAGAUACAACUGUCGACAGGCACCUCCUGUGAUCGGGUACAACUAUACUACGGAUUGCGAUGUGCAGAUAGACUUUGAGGUGUUGCAAAAAGGAGAGACGGUGGAGCAGUCUCUGGACAUGUUCAAUCGCUACUAAAAGCACACUUUGUUACACAAGUGAUAUGCGAGGUAAUAUACUACACCAGACACGAGCUGUAUCCAGGCCAGCGACUUUGUCGUCAUGCAGUGAGUGUGUGAUACGAUCUAUAAUACUACCUACGGCCGUGCAACCUGGAAGGUGGUGCAGACAACGCUCCAAGUGGCCAAUUUUGGCCAGCUAUUGAUUGAUAUACCCUCCAAUUUAGGUAUCCAAUUUCGGAGCAGUCAAACUGUAAAUUUAAUUUUCUUUACGAUAAGUGUGGGAAACGAGUGUAGUCUUGAGGAUUGGAUUGGGGUAUCGACGUAGGUGAAAUCCGGGUAAUGAGACCUGUGUAAUGUUUUGUUGCUCAUGAGAGACGUCACUCGAUAUAUAUACAAGUGUAGCCAGUGAGUUGACAUAUAGGUCGAAGGUGUGUGAUGCGAUUCGCGACCGAGCUUGUACUUGAAGAAGAUUUGGGAUGUAUGCGACGGUAGAAAUGCUACACUCUCAGAAGUCAGUUAGUAUGUGGGUAAUAAAGCAGUUAAAACAAC